AUGAGGCAAGCAGGCAGAAAGUGGGUGCUGGUGCUGGUGCUGGGUCAGGCGGGUGUCAAUCAGUUGGGCGGGGUCUUUGUCAAUGGACGUCCAUUGCCGGACUGUGUGCGUCGACGCAUCGUGGAUCAUGCAUUGUGCGGCGUUAGGCCCUGUGACAUAUCCAGACAGCUGCUGGUGUCUCAUGGCUGCGUUUCCAAAAUUCUGACGCGUUUUUAUGAGACAGGCUCCAUACGGCCGGGAUCCAUUGGUGGCAGCAAAACGAAGCAAGUGGCCACGCCCACAGUGGUUAAGAAAAUAAUACGGCUAAAAGAGGAGAACAGUGGCAUGUUUGCAUGGGAAAUACGGGAGCAGUUGCAGCAGCAGCGUGUCUGUGAUCCCAGCUCGGUGCCGUCGAUCAGCUCGAUUAAUCGUAUACUGCGCAAUAGCGGACUGUGGACGGAUGAGAUGACGUCGAGUCAACAAAAUGCGGCGGCGGCAGCGGCAGCUGUGGCAGCUGCACAUCAAAUGUCGGGCAGUGGUGCUUCGUCUAGUGGCUAUGCCACACCCCCCGUAAUAUACGCAGGCGCGAGCAAUGCAGCAGCUCAGACGGCAACACGGGUUACGCCCACAACGGGAGCACCGCCCACUGCGACCGUGUCAAGUGCGUCUGUGGCACGCUAUACCAAAUUGUCAAUGCCACCGUCGCCGACGACGUCGCCGUCUUUACUGGCCGAUGGGCUACCCCUCAAACCCGCGCCCAAGCUGCCACCCAGUCACAGGAGCAGUCACAGUCACAAUCCCAGUCACAGUCACAGCCACAGCCACAGUCACAGUCACGGGUUGGCCAGUGGCGUUUCCAGCCAGUUGGGUGGCUUAGAUCUCAGCUAUUCGGCGCUGCACAAACACUGGCUGUGGAAUCCCUCGUUUUUCUACUACACCCAAGCACAGAUGCAGGCCGCCCAGGUGGCAGCGACGACAGGCGCUCAGAUCUUGCCUUACAGUGGCGCCUAUUUGCCACACAGUGCAUCGGGCAUGGCCGCUGUGGCUGCAGCUGGCGGCGGCUUCACCAAAUCGGAAAGCUCCAUUGAUCUGACGAAACCCGGUGCGAUGGGCGAUCCGUUGAGUGACUGCGAUUCGGGUAAAUCUUCGCCGGUGGCGUUAUCGAUGAGUUCGGCGAGUGCCAGCACAACAGAUCCGCUGGCCAACAAUAAUAGUCGCAAGCGUAAUCCCUACUCCAUCGAGGAGCUGUUGAAGAAACCUGAGAAACGCUUGCGUCUCAGCACCGAGUCACAGGCGAGCCUGGAGGGCUGCACGGCCAAGGAUGAUAAUCUGGAGUGCAUCACAUCCAGUUCCAGUUCAUGUGAGAGCAACAGCAGCAAUGCCAGCUCCGAAGAUGCGGCCAACCUGGCCAGGCCACCUCUCGAAGUGGCCGACAUCGAGGAGGAUUGCAGCGUUGAGGUGGUCAACUAAACCAAGUUGAUUGCGCUCACUUUAGCUGAAUAAGAGUCCCAGUUUUAAACAAAUGUGUUUACACUAGAUCCCAUAAUCGUGAUAACUAAUUAAUCGAAAUAAAAUUUA